GUCACACACACGCAUGUGGUGUAGGCUGCCCUAUAUUAUGCCUGAUGGGAUUUUACCCUGAAUCCGUGAACGCCCCAGCCUAGAGUACUGUCUGAAACCCGAAAUACUCAGCAACUGGAAGCUGACAUGACUGUAGUGAUUGGAUUUGAGGGUAGUGCCAACAAGAUUGGUGUGGGCAUUGUGAGGGAUGGGGAAGUACUCUCAAACCCCAGACGCACCUACAUUACACCCCCUGGUCAAGGGUUCCUGCCUAGUGAGACAGCCAGACAUCACCGCAGUGUCAUCCUAACAGUUCUGAAGGAGGCGCUGGAGGAGGCAGGGCUGAAGCCUGCUGACGUUGAUUGCGUGGCAUACACAAAGGGACCAGGGAUGGGUGCCCCUUUGGUGACAGUGGCUCUGGUGGCGCGCACAGUGGCCCAGCUGUGGGGGAAGCCUCUCCUGGGUGUUAACCACUGUAUUGGCCACAUUGAGAUGGGCCGCCUCAUCACUCAAGCCAAUAACCCCACUGUGCUCUAUGUCAGUGGAGGUAACACACAGGUGAUUGCAUACUCUGAGCGGCGCUACAGGAUAUUUGGUGAGACCAUCGACAUUGCAGUGGGCAACUGCCUGGACAGGUUUGCCAGGGUGAUAAAGAUUUCCAAUGAUCCCAGCCCUGGGUACAACAUUGAGCAGAUGGCCAAGAAAGGUACACAGUAUGUGGAGCUUCCAUACACGGUGAAGGGGAUGGACGUGUCAUUCUCUGGGAUUCUAUCCUAUAUCGAGGAAGCAGCUGGGAAGAUGUUGAAAUGUAAUCAGUGUACAGCAGAAGACCUGUGCUUCUCCCUACAGGAGACCCUGUUUUCCAUGCUGGUGGAGAUCACAGAGAGGGCCAUGGCUCACUGCAGCUCCCAGGAAGUGCUCAUCGUUGGAGGCGUUGGCUGUAAUCUGCGUCUGCAGGAGAUGAUGGGAGUCAUGUGCAAGGAGAGGGGUGCAAAGCUCUUUGCUACAGAUGAGAGCUUUUGUAUCGAUAAUGGAGCAAUGAUUGCACAGGCUGGCUGGGAGAUGUUCCGAUCCGGUCAGACAACUGAGCUGUCAGACUCAUGGAUCACUCAAAGGUACAGAACAGAUGAAGUGGAGGUGACCUGGAGAGAUUGACAGCUCACUACCCAACAGGCUGCAACUUGCAUCCACCUUCCCUUUACCUGGAUUGUAUGCUGUGUUGUGUCAUGAUUGAGGGAAAGAAUGUAGAAAUAUUCUAUGCCUCACUUCUAUUAUUCUGAACUCAACACAACAGUUUUUAGCCACACUCAUUAUUUUAGGCCUAGAUUAAAUCCGGACUGCAGAAAAUCUGCGCUAUAGUGUGAUUGAAAUGUAAAGGCAAUGUUCCCGCAUUUGGAGAAAACACCUUUAUCUUUUGAUCUUUUUUGGCUUUCUCUAGCGCUGGAUUCAAUCUGUAUCGCAGAAGAUCCGCAUUAAAUAAGUCAUUUCUGAUUGAGCCAACAUAUGCAGAGUUUACCGUAAAUGAAGUCUCCGCGAAUGCGGGGAACUAUGCCUUUAAAUGUCAAUAUAAUGCAGAUAUUCCGCGAUACGGAUUUAAUCCAGCCCCUAGUCCACAAUAUAGCCACGUUUAUACCUGGUGUUGACGUGUCCUGAUCUUGUCAACAUUCUGAUUGUGCAAAUAUAUAUUUUUUAAGUGUAUACGAUUAAAAGAAGUACCUCCGGAGAUAGUCAGUGAUGCGUUGUAAUGUAGCUAGAUUUCUUACAACUGUAAACAGAUCUGGAUUAUCAAACCAUUUAAAUCAUUCCUUCUAAAAUCAUUGACAGGUGGCAAUAUUGGCUUAACAUUAAAUAAAAAUUUGCUUUGCACUGAAAGCUGAAAUGUACCUUUUUCGAGGAUGGGGAUCAGCAAGAUUAGAACCUGUGAUCUUAUGGUCCCUAGCCCAGUGCAUUGCACCAGCAGAGGUGAGGGCACUAUGCCUUUUCCCCACAUAUUUAAAGCUGUUCAGGCAGAAAGGUAGGUACAUUUGGAACUCAAGACCCAACAGAUUUCCCCUCCCCCUCAUGUAACUCCACAUUUAUCCAAUCAAGUCGUCCAAGGAUCAAUCAAUUAUUUUUGGGCUUUAUUCAGUCCGUAUUGCAGUAGUUCAGCACCAUAGAAAUUGAAAGGCAAUGUUCUUACGUUAGCAGCACUGCAUUCACGGUAAACACUGCAUGUCGGCUACAUUGGAAAUUAACUUUACAUUUCAAUCGUGCUGAACUUCAGCGACAAGGAUAGUCAAGCCCUCAGUUUACAUUAAAAAAAGGUAAAUACAUUUUAAACUUGUCCGUAUUAACAAAGCAAAUAAUAAUGUGGGUUUUAUGUAUCAUAUGUAAAAAUGAUAAAACAAUGAAGUAUGAGCAUUACCAGUAAGACCAUGGGGCAUGUCAAGUUCAUUCAAUUUCAUUAUGCAAUACUGUUCACUUAUCCUCCAGUGUAUUUUUUAUAUAUUUCAAAUCAUAAAACUGAGCUAGUGUGAUCAUGAGUAAUCAUAUGGAUUCAUGAGUAACAUUCACCCAAUCAGGGUACAAAAUAAAACAGCAUUAGGAUCAGACAGGGGAAGGGUGCCUUCUUAUUGUGCUGUCUGCACCCCUGUAAACUGGAGACAUGAUUACACAUCUGUCCCGUGUAAAAUACGGUCAAAUGAAGCAGGUAUAACACAUUUUCAAAUUUGUGAAAAAAAUAAACACCUGGUAGGGUAGGCGUACCAAGGAUUGGUCACAACAGAUUAGAAAGUGCUUGACGGAUCCCUUACAACAGAGGACAAAACAGAAAAUGUCUGAUAAAACUGCAGUUCCUCACAAUAAAAUGACAGCUCUUAAGAUUGUUAAAAAAAGACCAGCUCAACACGACAUUAAAACGAAUCAUUUUGAGCCGAUAGGAACUCCAGGUCCAAUUCAUUAAGGCAGGCCUUUGAAGGCGUUAGAAAAGUCCCUAGUUGUGGAUCUCAUCAAGGAGUUAGUCCAAAGUGUCUCAGUGUGGCUUUGUGUAAAGACAUCGACCUGAGUGCGUGUGGGUGUGUGUGUGGGGGUGUGUGUUGUGGCAGACAGGUCCAUGCGUCACUAGGCUGGCUGGUCCAGGGAGUUCUUAUACCAAACUACCUUAUUGGGAUCUGAAACAGAAAAUAAGACAGCCUUUAGUGACAGGCAGCAUUGUCAAACCUCUCAUACAAUCUAGCCCUUGGGGGCUGCAGCAAGGACUUCUGAAAAGGGAAACCCACUAGAUUU